AUGCUGGAGAGUAACGCCGCGGGGGCCGCGGCGGCGGCGGCGGCGUCCUCGUCGUCCGCGUUGGGUGGACAGCGAAGAAGGCCCCUCGAAGACGUCAUUUCAUCCCCAGAGGUGCCGCGUCGCCCCACUACAUCGAAUAUUCACGCAGUGGGCGAGGCGAAGGGGCAGACGUCCCCAGAACAUUUGCCGACGGCCCGAAGGUUGAAGUCUGAUCAGGACGAUGGCGUGGCCGCUCCGCGCAGCACGAAGGCGGCUGUUGCCCCCGCAUCCUCUGCGGCGUCGAGCGAGCGAGCGGCAGACAGUAGCAGCAUCUCCGAACGCGACUCCCUGCUAGAACGCUUGCGAGAAAAGGAGAAGCAGUUUGAUGAUAAAAUAACCGCGCUUGACGAGACACUCCUGUGUGCUGAGAGGGGUCGCCUGCAGCGAGACUGCAUUAUUGAUGCCCUCCGCACCGAAGUGGCGCGGCUGCGGGCGCAGCUGGAGCUUGCCGCUGGCGCCAAGAGCCAAGCGGAGGAGAUUCGUGAAAAAAUUCUCAAGGAAAGAACCGUGGCGCUAGAGGAGGCACAUGCCGAGAUCGAGGUGCUUCGCGACGCACUCCGUGGAAAGGAGCGGCAGCUAAAACAAUGCGAAAAAGAGUUAAACCUGCGACAGGCCACCAUUGCUGCCAAGCCCCAACAAGCGUUGGCGGCCGCAGCGACGGCGGAGCGGGUGAAGGUGACGCAGCCACAACAACAACAGAAACCAGACGCGUUGAAGCCACUUAGCUCAGCCGGAAAUGCCUUGGCAGAGCGAGAGCGAGAGCGAGAGCGAGAGCGAGAGCGGCAUCAACGCGAGCGAUAUGCGUCCAGUUUGCGGGCGCUACAAAAAGAGGUUCAGGCAAUUGAGCAAAACUACAACAUCACCCGAAAUGAGAAGGAUGCCCUGGCGGAGGAGAAUCAUGCGCUCCACUUAAAACUGGAGGCAAUUCAAGAGAACAUAGAGGCACGUGUGGCGGGAACCGUGAAGGCCAUGCAAAGCCACGUGGACCAAAAGCGUGAGCUUGAGGCUGAGGUGGUGGCAACGCGCCUUAGUAUGGCGCGUCUGCUUCGACUUCUUCGUGAGGUGCCAGAGAUGCGGCGAUACUUGCGCGCAAACGAAAUAGAUGGCGACAUGCUCUUCACGGGGUACUCACUUGGCGCCGUGUCACGUGAGCAGAGGACGGCAAGCGACGACGCAGGGCAGCAACUGCAACCUCAGCGACGGCGCAAUGUUGGCCUCGCCGCGGUGGCUUCUGGAACCGGCGUCGAGGAUGGCGUUUACGGUGGGAGUUUAAUGCUGCAGUCAAGCAAUAUCUACCUAAACGGUCAGUGGUGCAGGCAACUGCAAGACAUCAUGGAGGACGAGAAUAACUUUUUGCGGCGCAGGAAAAUUUGCCUCAGUGAGAUGGAGGAUGCCGCGCGCUGUGGUAGAGGCGGGGAUGCUUCCACGCGGUUUCCGCCAGCGUCGGAUGUGCUACAGGGCCGUCAAAACGAUAAGGACUUUUGGAUUCCCUACGCCGUUUUCGUUGAGGCGCAGAAGUUUAAGAAUCGGUACUUCCCCUCGCUCAGCUACGAAAGUUUUUACCCCUUCCUCACGGCCGUUAAUCAGGUGUGGAACGAGAAGACGAAGCGGCGCGUGGCCGCAGGGGUCAAGCGACGCCUCUAUGCGCAGCAGCAGAAGGAGCAAGGAGAAAAGCGCUGUGAUGCAUUGAAGGAUGCGACGGCAGAUGCCUUUCCCUCCAGCGAUGGCUGGCGUCAAAUGUCCUCCUCGGCCCUGAGCUUCUGGCAGCAGCUUCAACACUUGCGACAUGAAGUGCGUCGACGGGUGACGGGGAGAAAUAGCCUCGAACUGUUUCGUCAUUACGAUCAUUUGGUAAAGUGCGCCUUGAAGCACCUGCGAGAGGUUCAAGAGGAGCAUGCGGCUCUGCUGGAGCGACAUCAAUCUUGUCGGCUUUUUGGACGUAGGCAGGCAGUGAUGAACUUUGACGAGGACAGCACAAAGCGGACAAUAGACGACGCCGACGAAGAGGAGGACCAGGCCGCGGCUGCGGGGGAGGAGGAGGAGGAGAGGAUAGUUGGUAUCGACAAUGAGGUCUCCGUCCUUCUGCGCCGUGCACUGUCGGCCCUUGUGGUGGAAGUGCAGGAGGCUAGUGAGCGUUCCGCGUCCCGCAUCGCGGCCUCCUGCCGCGACCUGCGGGACUUUCUCGAGGCGUUGCGGGAUCAGAAGCUUCAAGCAGAGCCCUCUCAGGAACAAGACAAGGGGUUGAGGCAGGAAGCCACUGCUGCUCUUCCCCACACGCGGACGCUGGACUCCGUUCCGGUGUCAACGAUGCUCCGCAUCAUUGAUGGGGUGCUUGAUUUUGUGGACGAUGUGCAGCGGGAGGUGUUCGCUGGACGAAAUGCCGUCUCUCGAUGCGCAACACGGGCGGAUGAGCGAUCAGAGUUGCUCCUUGUAUCUCUCGACGCGAAUGAUGAUGAGGAAAUUGCUGAGGAUUCUGAGUCGGAGGCGGCGGCGGUAGACGAUGAAGGACGGCAGCGAAAGCGGCGGCAGGGCCGUUCGGGCCGCCCCGACUCAUAG